AAACCUAUCUCAUGAAAACAACCUCAGUUUUAGUUUGUUCUUUUCUACAACAGAAGCACAUGUGAAUUUGUCGCAGCUUUGGAUUUCUCUAUGUUCAUGUCAAUCUAAUUCACCUGUUAUAAUGUAUCAACUUAAUAUUUAGACGGUUAGUAUGCUCUCGCAGGGUUGAAAUGGUGGAAGAUAAAAAUGAAAUCAAACACUCAGAAGAAACCUAAUAGGACGGUUAGAGAUCGUCCUCUUCUUCUUUUCUUCUCCCUAGAUAAUAAUUGUAUUAUUCUGUGAAGCUUUGAGACACCUGCCUAACUCAUAAUGAGGUGUGAGACAUCAAGGCCAAGUAGCCAUGCAAAGCGAAGAGUGGCUAAAGAAGCCAUUCGCACCAUCUCUUAUGUGUCACUCGCUCGCCUUCCUCCUUCUUCCUUAAAUACCACGCCUCCACUGUAGCCACCAUUAUCACUUCAAACCAUACAAAAUAAGCUGCCUCUCUCUCUCUCUCUCUCUCCUCUAAAACACAUGGCUAAGCCUAAUUUCCUUUUCACCCUUUCUCUUUCCCUUGUUGUUCUCUUUAAUGGCUCCCUCGCUAGCCGGCAAUAUCAGCAGCAAGGCCAGUGCCAAUUCGAUAGGAUAGAUGCCCUGGAACCAGAUAACCGUAUUGAAUGCGAAGCCGGUGUAAUAGAGUCUUGGAAUCCCAACGACGAUCAGUUCCAAUGUGCUGGAGUGGCCGUUGUCAGGCGGAGCAUUGAGCCCAGAGGCCUUCUAUUGCCAUCCUACAGCAAUGCUCCUCAACUCAUUUACGUAGUCAGAGGGGGAGGUGUGACUGGGGUCAUGCUUGCUGGAUGCCCUGAAACAUUCCAGGAGUCUCAACAAACAGGAGGCAGCAGUAGGUUCCAAGACCAACACCAGAGGGUUCGUCGUUUCCGCCAGGGCGAUGUCAUCGCUAUUCCCGCCGGAGUAUCGCACUGGUGCUACAACGACGGCGAUGAACCCGUUGUUACAGUUUCUGUCCUUGAUGUCAAAAAUAAAGCCAACCAACUUGACUUGAACCCUCGACACUUUUAUCUAGCUGGUAACCCAGAAGAUGAGUUCCAGCAACAAUAUGAUGAACGCCGCGAUCCUAGAGGCGCAAGAGAGCACAUGGGGCCAGAACAGGGCGAUUGCAACAAUCUUUUCUGUGGACUGGACUCAAGGUUAGUGGCCGAAGCUUUCAAUGUCAAUGAACAGCUGGCUAGGAAGCUUCAAAGUGAGAACGAUUACAGAGGCAACGUUGUGAGGGUGGAAGGUAACCUUCAGCUAGUCAGGCCACCAAGAACUCAACAAGAGAGACAAGAGCAAUUAGAGCGAGAGAGAGGGCGAAGCCCAGGACGAGGAAGUCACUACAAUGGCCUGGAGGAAACCUUCUGCACCACGAGGAUUAUAGAGAACAUCGGUGAUCCUUCACGCGCUGACGUCUUCGUUCCAGAAGCUGGUCGUGUAAGCACCGUCAACAGCCACAAACUCCCCAUUCUUCAGAGGCUCCAACUUAGCGCAUCCCAUGUGGUUCUCCGCGAUAAUGCGGUGAGGUUACCCCACUGGCACUUGAACGCCCACAGCGUAAUAUACGCAGUAAGGGGUCAGGCACUGGUACAGGUGAUAGAUGAAAACGGCAACGCUGUCUUCGACGGAAACGUUAGGGAAGGGCAGGUGCUGACUGUGCCACAGAACUUCGCGGUGGUGAAACGGACAGAGAGGGAUGUGUUCGAGUAUGUGGCCUUCAAGACCAAUGACAAUGCCAUGACCACUGAUCUUGCAGGGCCUACCUCGAGCGUUAGGGCCCUGCCAGUGGAGGUGAUCGCCAACGCAUACCGAGUAUCGCUGGAGGACGCAAGGAGGCUCAAGUAUGGGACGCAAGAGACGACCUUGACAAGCGCAAGGCCUCGGUCUGGAAGGUGGGCUGAAGCAUAAGGUGUAUAAGUAUAAAAAAAAAUGUAAAAUAAUGGUAAAGGAGGCAGACAGCUAGCCUCUUUUGGUGUGUUCGUAGUUAUAAAAAAAUGAGAGAUCUGAGAUUACAAGAGUUAGAAUCUCCUACGCGUUGCAAUAAAAAUAUGCAUCCUUUUACGAAUAAGCAAUGAAAUAAUGUAAUUACCCUAUUUUUAGUUUUAA